AUGAAGCCGCGUAUCCUCGUGCUUGGCGGCGUCGGCAUGGUGGGCCGCAACUUUGUCAAGCACUGCGUCGACCACGACCUCUGCAGCUACAUCCGCGUCGCUGACAAGUCGAUGCCCGAGAUCUCGUACUUCAACCCGAGCCACAAGGCGGCGUUUGCGUCCGACGUCGUCGAGUACGUCCAGGCCGACCUCACGCGCGACGCGCACGUCGAGAAGGCCUUCAAGGCCGAGGCGGGGCCGUACGACUAUGUCUUCAACCUCGCCGGCGAAACCAAGUGCUCGCUGCCCGAAGCCGUGUACAGCGCCAAGGUACACGAUCUUGUAGCGGCCAAAGCCCAGGAGCUCGACGUCAAGAUGUUCAUCGAGGUCUCGACGGCGUUCGUGUACAAGUCGCAGACCAAGGCGCCGGCGACCGAAGACGCGGCGCUCGACCCGUGGACGCUCCAAGCCAAGUUCAAGCUCCAAGCAGAGGAUGCGUUGCGGGCCAUGACCGGCCUCAACGUGGUGUUCGUGCGCCCGGCGACCAUCUACGGUCCUGGCGACGUCAUGGGCCUUAUGCCCCGAAUUGUCUGCGCUGCCUCGUACGUCCAGCUCCAAGAAAAGAUGAAAUUGCUUUGGGACGACGAGCUGCGCGUCAACACGGUUCAUGUGAAGGACGUGGCGCGGGCGCUCUGGCACGUGGCGACGCGUGGCGAAGCGGGCAACGUCUACAACUUGGCCGACAAGAACGACACGAGUCAAGGCAAGCUCAAUGCGCUUCUCGGCCCGCUCUUUGGCAUCGACACGGGCUUCAUCGGCAAGCUCAUCUCGAACCUCGCGCGCCUCCGCCUCGGCGACGUCGUCGACGAUGUCAACGACAAACACAUGAAGCCGUGGUCGGACCUCUGCAGCACGCACGGCGUGACCAACACGCCAUUGACGCCGUACUUGGACAAGGAGUUGCUCGCGCACCACCAGCUCUACAUCAACGGCGCCAAGAUCGAAGCGAUUGGGUUCGAGUACGCGUACCCGAUGCUCACCAUCGACGAGCUCCGCGACGUCAUUGAGGGCGCCAUCGCCCAGCGCAUCUUCCCGCCGAUCCUCGCGUGA